CGCGCUGCGCCCCGGGUCAGCGCAGCGGCUGCUCUGAGCUGGGCCUGCACCGUCCGCUGCCUGCGUGGGCCUGAAGGGCGCCUCUGCACUUAAGCCUCGGCAUUUUUAAAAUAUUUAAUCAUUCAUGAGUUGAGCUUCAUUCUUGAGUCAUGGAUGACAAGGCUUCUGUUGGAAAAAUCAGUGUCUCCUCAGACUCAGUGUCUACUCUUAAUAGUGAAGAUUUUGUCUUGGUUUCCAGGCAAGGAGAUGAGACACCAUCUACAAAUAAUGGAAGUGACGACGAGAAAACAGGACUCAAGAUUAUAGGGAAUGGAAGUGAGCAGCAGCUGCAAAAAGAGCUAGCAGAUGUGCUGAUGGAUCCUCCCGUGGACGACCAGCCAGGGGACAAGGAGCUUGUGGAAAGGUCACAACUGGAUGGCGAAGGAGAUGGGCCUCUUUCUAAUCAACUCUCAGCUUCAUCCACCAUUAACCCUGUGCCAUUAGUAGGGCUCCAAAAGCCAGAGAUGAGCCUGCCAGUAAAAUCUGGACAAGGAGAUUCUGAAGGAUCUAGUCCUUUUACACCAGUGGCUGAUGAGGACAGUGUAGUUUUCAGUAAACUAACUUAUUUAGGCUGUGCCUCAGUCAAUGCUCCCAGGAGUGAAGUGGAAGCCUUAAGGAUGAUGUCCAUUUUAAGAAGCCAGUGGCAGAUUUCACUAGAUGUAACCCUGUCGGUGCCGAAUGUAUCUGAAGGAACUGUGAGACUCUUAGAUCCUCAGACAAACACAGAAAUAGCAAACUACCCUAUCUACAAAAUCCUCUUCUGUGUCAGAGGCCAUGAUGGAACUCCUGAGAGUGACUGUUUUGCUUUCACUGAAAGUCACUACAAUGCAGAGCUCUUCAGAAUACAUGUCUUCCGGUGUGAAAUACAAGAAGCUGUAAGCCGGAUUCUUUACAGUUUCGCCACUGCCUUUCGCCGUUCAGCCAAGCAGACCCCACUUUCAGCUGCUGCGGCACCCCAGACUCCUGACAGUGACAUCUUUACCUUCUCCGUAUCUUUAGAAAUAAAAGAAGAUGAUGGUAAAGGUUAUUUUAGUGCAGUUCCCAAAGACAAGGAUAGACAAUGCUUUAAACUCCGGCAAGGGAUUGAUAAGAAGAUUGUCAUCUAUGUGCAACAAACAACUAAUAAAGAACUUGCCAUUGAAAGGUGUUUUGGUCUUCUCCUCAGCCCCGGAAAAGAUGUACGGAAUAGUGACAUGCACUUGUUAGAUUUGGAAUCUAUGGGCAAAAGUUCAGAUGGAAAGUCCUAUGUAAUUACUGGGAGCUGGAAUCCGAAAUCUCCACAUUUUCAAGUUGUCAAUGAAGAAACUCCUAAAGACAAAGUGCUGUUUAUGACCACAGCUGUUGAUUUGGUCAUAACAGAAGUGCAGGAGCCGGUUCGAUUUCUCCUAGAAACAAAAGUUCGGGUGUGCUCACCUAACGAAAGACUCUUCUGGCCCUUCAGCAAACGUAGUACCACUGAAAAUUUCUUUUUGAAACUAAAACAGAUAAAGCAAAAGGAGAGAAAGAACAAUACUGACACUUUAUAUGAAGUUGUGUGCUUGGAAAGCGAAUCAGAGAGAGAGAGGAGGAAAACUACAGCCAGUCCCUCAAUUCGCCUGCCACAGUCUGGAUCUCAGAGUUCAAUGAUACCUUCUCCUCCAGAAGAUGAUGAAGAGGAAGAUAAUGAUGAACCUCUCUUGAGUGGAUCUGGUGAUGUAUCCAAAGAAUGUGCCGAAAAAAUUCUUGAAACGUGGGGAGAACUGCUGUCAAAAUGGCAUCUCAACUUGAGUGUGAGGCCAAAGCAGUUGUCACCCUUGGUGAGGAGUGGUGUUCCCGAAGCACUUCGAGGAGAAGUCUGGCAGCUGCUAGCAGGUUGUCACAACAACGACCACCUGGUAGAAAAAUACCGAAUCCUCAUCACCAAGGAGUCUCCCCAGGACAGCGCCAUCACCCGGGAUAUUAACCGGACGUUUCCAGCCCAUGAUUACUUUAAGGACACAGGAGGAGAUGGACAAGAUUCCUUAUAUAAAAUUUGCAAGGCGUAUUCCGUGUAUGACGAAGAAAUCGGCUAUUGCCAGGGUCAGUCAUUUCUCGCUGCUGUUCUGCUUCUCCAUAUGCCUGAAGAACAGGCCUUCAGUGUUCUGGUCAAGAUCAUGUUUGACUAUGGCCUCAGGGAACUUUUCAAGCAAAACUUUGAAGAUUUGCAUUGCAAAUUUUACCAACUAGAGCGCCUCAUGCAGGAAUACAUUCCUGACCUGUACAACCACUUCCUGGAUAUCAGCCUCGAAGCACACAUGUAUGCCUCCCAGUGGUUUCUGACGCUUUUCACAGCGAAAUUCCCUCUCUACAUGGUCUUCCACAUCAUCGACCUGCUUCUCUGUGAGGGAAUAAGUGUCAUUUUUAAUGUCGCCCUCGGACUGCUAAAGACUUCCAAAGAUGACUUGCUAUUGACAGACUUUGAAGGUGCCUUGAAGUUCUUCAGGGUUCAGCUUCCUAAGAGAUACCGUUCUGAAGAAAAUGCGAAAAAGCUAAUGGAACUAGCAUGCAAUAUGAAGAUCAGUCAGAAGAAGCUGAAGAAAUAUGAAAAGGAGUAUCACACCAUGAGGGAGCAGCAGGCCCAGCAGGAAGACCCCAUCGAGCGAUUUGAGCGGGAGAAUAGGCGUCUACAAGAAGCGAACAUGAGGCUGGAACAGGAAAAUGACGACUUAGCCCACGAGCUGGUGACCAGCAAGAUUGCCCUGCGGAAGGACCUGGACAACGCCGAGGAGAAGGCAGACGCGCUGAACAAGGAGCUGCUUAUGACCAAACAGAAGCUGAUUGAUGCGGAAGAAGAGAAAAGGAGGCUGGAAGAAGAGUCAGCGCAGUUGAAAGAAAUGUGUCGUCGGGAACUCGACAAGGCAGAGUCAGAGAUUAAGAAAAACAGCUCUAUCAUCGGAGACUACAAGCAGAUCUGUUCUCAGCUGAGUGAAAGAUUAGAGAAGCAGCAGACAGCUAACAAAGUGGAAAUUGAGAAAAUCCGGCAAAAAGUGGAUGACUGUGAGCGCUGCCGGGAGUUCUUCAACAAAGAAGGGCGGAUCAAGGGUGUCAGCUCGGCUGAGGAAGUGUCCGGGGAGGACACGGAUGAGGAGAAGGAGACACUCAAGAACCAGCUGAGAGAGAUGGAGCUGGAACUGGCACAGACCAAGCUGCAGUUGGUGGAGGCUGAGUGUAAGAUACAGGACUUGGAGCACCACUUAGGCCUCGCCCUAAACGAGGUACAGGCGGCCAAGAAGACGUGGUUUAACCGAACGCUGAGCUCCAUAAAGACGGCAACCGGGGUUCAAGGAAAGGAAACUUGCUGAGAGCAGCUGCUGCCUCUAGACAUCUUCAGAAAACACGACACCUUUUGUUGCCUUCUUUGGCCAGAUGUGUGAUUCCGUGACAUGUCCAGGACCAGAAUGUGGCGAAGUCAGACCAGAGAGGCAUGCUGGUAGGUCGCCGGCCCGGAGCGCGCGGAGCAGGCGGCCUCCGGAGGAGGCUCUCCUCACUACUGAUACUAACAGGCCUGCUCACGCGCCAGCGCUCUGGACACGCUCUAGAAAAAUCACUCCUCGUGUGACCGUCCAGGCCACGUCGCAGUGGCGGUCAGCCGGGCGCCCAGCCCGCAGGCUGAGUGGACGCUGUCUGAGUUUGGGGAUCCUUCAGGCUGUUGGUUUUUUUUCUAAACCUUUAAUCUUUUUUUUAAAUAUACAUAUUAUAUAUAUAUAAU